AUGAAAGAAGGCAGAGAUAACGUCGAGAGAGUUGCUAAGGGGUUAACAUUUGUUAGCGACGAUUUGGAAAAAUGGAGAGAGGCGGCGCACACUGUGCUUAGCACUGCGGUUGAUAAUGCUGUAGAGGUGCAUAAAGCGUUGGAUCCUGCAAGAAAUAGCUCGACGCUUGGCACUGAAAUUCAUAAAAUUGAUACAGCUAGACAGGGCAUAGUUGAUGCAAACAAGGAGCUUGAAAGCCAAGUGAAAAGUCUCAACAAGUGGAUUCAGGAUGCCGAAGAUAUCCGCCAAAAGGCUGAGACUAAGGCCAGGGAAGCGUAUGAUAAGUUGAGUGUUCAUGAGGAGCUUAGCAAGAAUGUGAAGAAAAUUAUGGAAGCAAAGGAAAAAAUUGUAGGAGUCAACAAGAGUGUUAACACGCAUAUUGGGAGUCUGAAGCAGUGGAAUGAGAAAGCUAAGGAAGUGCUCGACGGGGCAGUCACUAAGGCGCAGGAAGUUCAUAAUAGGUUGAAAGAUAAUGUUGGCCUAAAAGUUGAAGAAAUAAAAAAGAGUAACGAAGCAAUUAAAGAAGCUAAUGCAAAGCUCGGCGACGAAGUUGCCAAUCUAGGUAACUGGAACACCGCCGCCAGGAAAGUCAUUGAGAUGGCAGACAAGAAGUGUGAUGAGAUACUCAAGAGGGUUGAUAAAAAUCAUAAUCAGCCGAAAGAUGUUGAAAUUUAUAAGCAAGCUAAACAUCUACAGGAUCACGGCAAAAAGCUUCUAAAGGCUGCCAAAGAUGCUAAGCAGAAAGUUGAAUCCAAGGUCAAGGAGGCUUUGGACGCCGUGAAGGAUAUGGACGCAGAUCUCAAGAAGGAUUUGAAGGUGGUGAAGGAUAAGAUUAAGGAAGGGAUUAAAGAUGUGAUGAGUGAGUUUAAAGUUGGUGAUUUGGGGAAAGAGGUGGAAAAGGAUUUGAAGCAGUUGAGGGAGAGGAUUGUUAAGCUAAGUGAAAACGGUAAGGCCGAUGGUCUUUUUAGAGGGCAGUUGAAAGCUCUUGAUCAGGAAACUCAGAGUGUUAAGCAGAGGAUUAACAAAAUUAAGAGUGAGACGGAUAAGCAGCUUGAGGAUCAAUUUAGGACGAAGAUCAAGGAGCCGCUUGACGUUAAAGUCAAAGCAGUCGAAGAAGCGAUUGCGAAGGUUUACGAGAGAUUUAAUUCACAAGACGGUAGUGUAUCAUCGGAGAAUAAAAAGAAACUUCAAAAGAUUUUCGAGCAUAUUAGAGGACAGGUUGCAGAUAUUAAGGGGAUGAAAGGUGGCAACACUGGUCUGGAUGGCAUUGUCGCGAACGUAAAGGGUCUGUAUAACGCGUUUGUUCAGGGCAACGGCAAAGGGGUUGACGCAAGAGUAGAUGGGUGGCUUGGAAGUAUUUUGGGAAUCAAUGAGAAUCAACGAGUGACGCAUACUGAUGGGAUGAAGGCUGUGACAUCGUGGAUUAAAGAGUAUAAUGGCAAAGCUAGGAGGCUUGAAGACGCUUUGAAAAUUGUUAAGGAUCAAAUUAAGGGUGCUCUUAGCAGCCAAAUUAAAGCAGGUCAGAGGGUGAUUACACAACAAGAUGUAGAAGAUAACAUUGUAAAAAAUCUUACGAAGGUCAAAGAGGCUUGCCGAGCAUUUGUAGAAGAGCUGGAUAAGAAGCUGACAGACAAGCAAAUUACACAAUUUGCCAAUCCGAUAGUUAGCACAAUUCAGAGUAGGUUGAGGCCAGGGCAGAGGCUACCGGCUGUUAAUGACGAAAAACUCACCGCUGCCGUUAGAGCUGCCCUUAUUGCACUUUGCAGUUGCGUCAAACAGGUAGCGGCGGAAGUAGAUUAUCUAGGCAUAAGCCUGUUUGGCACAAUUAUAGACGAAACCAAGCAGGCUGUUGAUGAUCGUCACGGUAAGCUUGCACGAACAACUAACACGGGCACCCCUGGCAAAGCGAACCCCGACCCUGGCACAGCGCAAGCCGUGGACAAGGCGAUAGAGGGGGUGAAGGAAAUGGUUGACAACACGAUUAAAGAGAAAUUUGAGAACGAAGUUAAGAAGCCUGUUGAAGAGGCCGUCAAUGGCCUUGACACUGCCGUUCAAGCUUACGACAAGAAAGCUAGGGAGCAAGUCAAGGAUGCGGCCAAGGGGGCGAUUGACAAGGCGGCUAAUGUGAUUAGUGACAGCACUGGGAAAAUAGAAUUGGGUGGGAACAAUAAACUCAUGAAAAAUUUUAGUAAUGCUCACAAGGAGAUCACAACGAACCUCAAACCGAAACUUGAAAAAUUACUCAAUGACCACAUUGGGAGGGAUGACACGCGUGAUGGUAAGAGAGAACAAAUCAAACUGUCGAGAGAUUUUAAAAGAUAUGAUGAUCAUGUAAGCAUUGGCUCUCUAACGGACUACGUGUAUGGUCGACUUUCUCUAGCGAUAGAGAAGGUUAGGGAUGAGGGGCUGACUGAUAUUAAUAAGCAUGUUGGUAAGAGAGCUGGCGAUAGGACUGAAGAAAUAGACAUCACUGGUUCGUGCAGCAAAGUAGAAAAAGAGCUAAAAGAUAUCGUCGAUCUACUUACUCACAAUGACAAAAUAAUACUCGACUAUGGCGACAUAACAAACAGAGGAGUCAAAACGUUGUUGACUGAGCUCGAUGAUGGACUUACCAAACCAGUCCCUGGUGUUUUUGACAAAGGCCUUGAAACAAUCACAAAGGUUAUUGGAGACCUGCAAAGAGACACGUUUGAUACUAAGUCCAAGACCAUUGAGGAAGCCGCCGCAGAAAUUAGGAAGGAGGUUGAAGUACUUAAGAAGAAGUUGCUGAGUGAUGGUGGUAAUGAUGACGUUAUUAACGCAUUAAAGGGGUUGAAGGAUACUGGUAUGUCGAGUGGAACAUGGAACGGCAAAGGUGGCAGUCCAAUAGAUGGUCUCAAGAAAAUCGAGAGUGAGCUCGAAAGGUAUAAUGAGGUGUUAGGGAAGCAACCUGGUAUAAUCGGCGAUGCCGUCUACGGAAUUAGGGAUGCACUUGCAAGAAUCAAAAUUAAGUUGAAUGAGCCCCUCACUUAUGAUGACGUCGUGCACCAUUUGACAAGAUUAGAAAAAAAGAUUGGUAUAGGUGAUGAGAAUAAUGAAUACAGUCUUCAGAAAAUAAUCAAAGCGAUCAACAAGCUAAGAGCGGGGCAAUUUAGUGUAAACCCGAAAGCCAUCCAGCGAGCCGCGGGUGAAUUUAUUAAAGAACUUAGACUGAUUCAGUAUGUUUUGAAAGGUGAGCGAAACAAUGACGUAAUUAUAACGUUGAGUGAUUUGAAGAAUGUCGGCUUAAGCGUAAAUGAUUGGCACAAGCAUGAAAACGCAAAAGGUCUCCAUAAAAUCGAAAAUGAACUCAAACUUCAACAAAGUCAGUUGAACGGGCAACCGAAACUAAUAGGCUCAGGCGUGGAACAAAUUGCCAAUGUGCUGGAAGAGGUGCGAACUGCGUUACAGAGUAUAGACGGAGGUACGAAAGGUGACGUGAUAAACAGAUUGGGAGCUCUACUAAGAGAUGCAUUCAAUGGCUCAGAGUGGCAGAAUGGUAGAGGUAAAAAAAUCACUAGUCUCGGCAAAAUUAAGCAGGACCUUCACCAGCAGAAGGAGAGUUUGGCUCAGCAAUAUGAAACAAUUGACAAAGCAACCGAAAGCGUAAUGCACGAAACACAGGAUAUGCUUAGAAAGGCAAGCCAGAAGUUAAGUAGUGAUCUCAUUAGUGAUACCAUCGUGAAGAAUUUACAGUUGUUAGAAAAGAUGAUUGUCCGUGGUCAAAAUGGCGAUGACAGUCUUCAAGGAAUGUAUGAGAAGAUUAGUGGACUGCAAAAUGAGGAAAUCCAUAAAAGUUCCGAAGCCAUCUUUGCAGCGAAGCAACAGGUUGGCAAGGAACUUAAAAGGCUUAAAGAUAAAUUACAAAUCGAUGUUAGCAAUAAAUUGGAAGACUUGGUGAUAAAUGGGUUCGGCCUCCUUAUUAAAUUAAGUUAUCUCAUCUUAUAG